GCCAUUCCCAGGGCGCGACAGUGCAGACGCAGGCGGUCGGCCGCCACGGGCAGCUCCCCGGCUCUGCGAGGUCAGGAAGAAGAGCAUUUGCCGAAUCAAGGCCCGCGCCCUCCUAGAACCGGCAGGAGGGAAAAAUGGAGGAGACCAGCCUGAGAAAAAGGAGAGAGGAUGAGAAGUCUGUCCAGAGUAAUGAACCCAAGAGCACAACUCUCCAGAAGGAGGUGGGCCUGAUCAGCGGCAUCUGCAUCAUCGUGGGCACCAUCAUCGGCUCGGGGAUCUUCAUUUCCCCCAAGUCUGUGCUCCGCAACACGGAAGCCGUGGGGCCCUGUCUCAUCAUAUGGACGGCUUGUGGGAUCCUUGCAACACUGGGCGCCCUGUGCUUUGCGGAGCUCGGUACGAUGAUCACGAAGUCGGGGGCCGAGUACCCUUACCUGAUGGAAGCCUUCGGGCCCAUUCCUGCCUAUCUCUUUUCCUGGACCAGCCUGUUUGUCAUAAAGCCCUCGUCCUUUGCCAUCAUCUGUCUCAGCUUUUCUGAGUACGUUGCUGCGCCUUUCUACUCAGGCUGCGAGCCUCCUCAGGUUGUCGUGAAGUUCCUGGCCGCUGCUGCCAUCUUGCUCAUCACCACGGUGAACUCGCUGAGCGUGCGGCUGGGCAGCUACGUCCAGAACGUGUUCACAGCGGCCAAGCUGGUGAUCGUGGCCAUCAUCAUCAUCAGUGGACUUGUCCUCCUGGCCCAAGGGAAUACAAGGAAUUUUGAAAAUUCUUUUGAGGGCACAAAACUGUCUGUGGGAGCCAUCAGUCUGGCAUUUUAUAAUGGACUCUGGGCGUACGACGGCUGGAAUCAGCUCAAUUAUAUUACAGAAGAACUUAGAAACCCUUUCAGAAACCUGCCCCUGGCCAUCAUCAUCGGGAUCCUGCUGGUGACAGGGUGCUACAUCCUCAUGAACAUUUCCUACUUCACUGUGAUGACCGCAACCGAGCUCCUGCAGUCCCAGGCUGUGGCCGUGACCUUUGGUGACCGCGUUCUCUAUCCAGCCUCCUGGGUCGUCCCGCUCUUCGUGGCCUUUUCAACCAUCGGCGCUGCCAACGGGACCUGCUUCACGUCGGGCAGGCUUGUGUAUGUUGCGGGCCGGGAAGGCCACAUGCUGAAAGUGCUGUCUUACAUCAGCGUCAAGCGCCUGACGCCGGCCCCUGCCAUCAUCUUUUAUGGUAUCGUAGCGACUAUUUAUAUCAUCCCUGGUGACAUAAACUCUUUAGUCAAUUACUUCAGCUUCGCAGCGUGGCUGUUUUAUGGCCUGACGACUCUAGGACUGAUUGUGAUGAGGUUUACGAGGAAAGAACUGGAAAGGCCUAUCAAGGUGCCCAUUGUCAUCCCCAUCUUCGUGACUCUCGUGGCUGUGUUUUUGGUGUUGGCCCCAAUCGUCACAGAACCCGCAUGGGAGUACCUCUACUGUGUGUUAUUUAUGCUGAGUGGCCUUAUAUUUUACUUCCUUUUUGUCCACUAUAAGUUUGGCUGGGCUCAGACAAUCUCAAGUAAGUAUCAACAGAGGGACUGCUCUGCUGUUUGUGGAGCACAGCGAGGCACAGCACUCUGCAGCCUCAUCUGUCCUGAUUCUGCCAAGACUUUAUCACAGCAUCUCAUGCAGCUAGCCAAUUUCACCUUCUCUUUGGGAGGACAGAUGACCCACUCCCCCCAGUGUGAUGCCUCUGGGGUCCACAUGUGGCCUCAUCCUCUGUUCCCAUCAAUUACUGUCAGAAAUAGGAAGGCAAAGCACUGUUUUCUUUUUUUUCAUCGUAAAAUACACAUAAAAUUUACCAUCUGAAACAUUUUGAAGCAUACAGUCCAGCAUUGAUAAGCAUAUUCACAGCACUGUGCAUCCGAUUUUCAGAGCACCACUUUCUUUUCCCCGAUACACAGACAUCAUCUGGGAGGCUCAGGAGCAUCCCAGAGGCACCCAAAACUGACUGAGUUGAGACGAGACCUGAGUCUUCCAAUGCCAAGUCCACAGCUCUUGCUUUCCACUCAGCAAUUCUGGUUCCUCAUCUAUUUUAGGACAAUUGCUGCUUAAAAGUUUAGCUACAUUAGCCAAUUUCACUUUGAAAAAGAAAGCAGUGGUGCCAAAGUGCAUCUAAGAGACACUGAAGUACCCCUGUGUCUGCACUAUACUCACAAUGCGUUACCCUGUACUGCAGAUUAACUGCAAGAAACUCUGCUUACAGAAGCCUUCCAGGCUCCUGAACACCCUCACCAGGCCAACAGCUGAUCCAUGGCCUGUUUCCUGGUCUCCCCCUCCCUGUGCUAGGAGUUCCCAGAAGGCAGGAAUUGGACCUGGGCACAAUUUGAUCCUGGAUCCAUACAACAGCUGCUUAAUAUUUAUUGAGUAAAUGUGAUUAAAAGUCUGCCUCUUCCCUUCUCCUUCAGCUUGUCUGAACUGGGAAGUACAGCCAUCCCCUCAGGCACUCCUGUGUGGUUUUCACGUAUGUACAUGCAAGUUAGGGAGACGACAAGGUACGAAAGGGCAAAACCCAAC